CGAAACGGAACAAUUGGCAGACGGUUGUUGGUAUUGUACUUCGUUCCGUGUAUUCCGUUGACGUCGUUGAACGAUACGAGCGGAGUGAAGUGAAGAAAAAAAGAAAAUUUUUUGUAUGUAUAAAUCCAAAAUAAAAACGGAAAAACGUGCAAACCCGCAGAUCUCGAGUGCCGCACGAGUACGUGAAAGUGAAGGAAUUGCGUGAGGUGAGCAAGCGACGGCAUUGUGCGCGUGGAACGCAGGUCGGCUCGGCAGAAGAAGCUUCGGCGGCGGCGAAUCUGAAAAAGGAAUUUUUCCCAUUUCAUUUUUUCGCCUAUAAUCAAACCAUGCGAUAAUCGAUUCGAUCGCACGUUGCGGUUGUGUGCGUGUGUGGAGCUGGCGGCGCGGAUGUGUUGAAAACGCGCCGCGCGUUGACAGACAACCACCAAGGCAGCGGUGGACGUUUCGUUGUGCCGUCGUGUCGUGUCGACGAACUACGCAAGAAACUCGUCGAGUUUGGGACGUGAAUUUGUGCAGUUCGCGGGGGAUUCAGCGCGUGAACGGCGACGCUUAGCGUGGUGCGAAGGACGCUACGUGCGUGAGCGCGAAGUGCAGUGCAUUCGGCAGGAAUUUUGGCUGCGGCGUGAUUUGCAUUCACGCGGUCCCCGGGCCCCAGUUCGCCGCAGUCUCCGCGCGAUGCGCACGGGAUGCAAUAGGACGGCGGUGUAGUGGUUGGAUCGGCGCGUGUGUUGCGUGCGUGUGCAGUGACGGCUGUAAGCAUAUGUAAACGACGUGUGAAGCUCAGAAAGCAAGAGGAGUGGAGAGAAAGAGAGCAUCCGAUCAGGUGGUUAGUGCAGUUGUGUGUGCAAGCGGGAUAGGAGUACGGAGCGAACACCAGCGCACCGGUGGAGCAUCGCCGAUUCGGAUAAAAGUGCCCGCACACCCAUACGUAGGCGCGCAUAGCGCGCGGACCCGUUGGAGGAAAUCUUUUUUGAAAUUAUUGACCCCGUCGCAGGGUGUCAAUAGCUUCAAAUAUGGCUAAUAUGGAUAUCGACGAUGUUGUCGAUCUAAGCUUAAGUUCAAGCCGGGAAUCUCUGACAAUAUCGCCGGCAUUCGCCCGUGAUCUUCGUACACUUACACAAAAUUCCAGUUUAACAAUAACGCCAGCUCCACCGCCUGUAAAUGCCUAUGAUCAUAUUGACGAUGGACGUAGUUCGCGACGUGUCCUUCGACCUCGUACAGAGCCUAAAUCAUAUGCAGAAGCCCCCGAUAUUGUCCUGUUACCUGCCAAAGUUAAUGGGAGGCAACAACAAAACGGCAAUGUCGAUUCUGAGACUGACGAUGAAGAGAUGCCAACAAUGAUACCCAUAAAAGAAUUAUCACCGGCGGAAAUUCGAGAAAGGGAACGAGUUCUGCGAAAGCUGCGGGAAGAGCUAAGAAAUGAAGAAACAAAAUUAGUUUUAUUGAAGAAAUUGAAACAGUCGCAACAUGUGAUGAAAGAAAAUUUAAUUGUAACACCAGCCAAUAUGUCACCUACCAAUCCAUUAGCGGCGAUACCAGCGGCUUUGACAAAAGGAUCGUUGAGUGUGACACCCACAACGGCGGUACCACUUCCUGCACAUUCGAAAAGUCGACCUGUGCCCCCUAUAAGCAAUAAUCGAACCCAGUCAAUACCAGGACGAACGAAUGCAGUUCUUCCGCCUCCUAGAUCUUCCUUACCUGGUGGUGCUACACUGACUCCUGGCGGACCGCCAUUGCGAAACAGUUCAGGCCUCCCGCGAACAGGACCUAAUCUAACUAUAACACCGUCUGUGACAAUAACACCCACGUCUGCCCCUCCAGCUGGGAUAAAGCCACGCAAUCUUACUAUUUCGGAUAAUUCAAAGGUACCUGGAACAACAAUUAACAAUUCAGUAUCUAUAACGCCUGCGCCUCCAUUGUCGAACAGUAGUGAAUCGGUGAUAAAGAAUGAACGUCUUGUAUCGAGAGAUGAUGGACAAACGCCAGCUCAAAGACAGGCUGCGGCGAAGCUGGCCCUUCGAAAGCAGCUGGAAAAGACGUUGUUACAAAUUCCCCCGCCAAAACCUCCUCCGCCCGAAAUGAAUUUUAUUCCCAAUCCUAGCAAUACCGAAUUUGUGUAUUUGUUAGGGCUGGAACAUGUUGUUGAUUAUUUAACAACAAAAGACAGAAAAUCAUCAGUUUUACCGCCUUUCCGAUGUGCACAAUGUAAAAUUGAUUUUACGCCAGUUUGGAAGUGGGAGAAACAAGGUGGAAAAGAACCUAAAGUGAUCUGUGAGCAAUGUGUGACGACAAAUGUGAAAAAAGCGUUGAAAGCUGAGCACACUAACAGACUGAAAACUGCUUUUGUGAAAGCACUUCAACAGGAGCAAGAAAUCGAACAACGAUUAGCAGCGCAAAGUAGUCCUUCGCCAGUCGAUUCACAUCCAACAACACCGGUUCCUCAGCAACCUUUACCCCCACCACCACAACAGCCACUUCCUUCAGCUCCUCAACCUCAGCCUCAACCUCCGCAACAUCAACCUCCAUCGCUGCCAACACAACAGCAAAUUCACCAGCAACAACUGCAACAGCAGCAGUUGCAACAAAUGCAGCAACCUCUGCCAACUAAGUCAAUAACUCCCUCCCCAACUCCUCGUCCUACACCACCACCUCCCAGUCAGCCCACCCCACCGCCUCCCCCUCCUGCUCCACGGACACCACGUCAUGAGCAGACUCCUACACCAACUCCUUCUUUUUCAAUAUCUGCUCCACCGCCACCAUCACCGUUUGACAAAUUCCCUCUGAAUUUAGGCAAUAUACCGAAUAUACAUGAUCUAUGCAAUUUGGGUAGUUUGGGAAAUCUGGGGAACUUAGGAUCUUUGGCGAAUACAAAUCCUGCAGCAACUGUUGCAGCUAUGCAAGCUCUUCACCAACAAGUUUUCAGAAUUUUACAACAAAAUCCCCAAAUGAUGCAGUUCACACCGUUAUUGUAUUCAUACCACUUAACUAUGGCCCAUGCUCAAGCUGCUGCGGGAAAAAAUCCUCCAACUUUGGCAGAUAUUCAGCGAGCCGCAGAAUUGCAACGAUAUCUUCUAGAAAUGAUUCCUCCUCAAGCCCCAGGACCGAGUAAUAGUCGUCAAAACAACUGGAAAACCUAAAAUUCCGAGAAUAAAUAUGGAUUGCAAUUUCCGAAAAGAAAAAUAAACUACAAGAAGGACAAGAGAACUAUUUGAAUAGCCGAAAUCUGUUAUUCGAGAAACAAUUUUAAAAAGCAACAAUUUUUCUUAAUGUUGAAUCAUUUGUGUUUAGCAGAAUCUUUUCGCAUUGAAAAUCGGAACGAUAGUAGUAGAGUUGAUGGAAACACAAAGAUGUAUGGAACAUAGCAUGGAGGAAACUGUUAUUAUUGUAAGUUUAGUUUUCGUUCGUUUUUUAGUUAUAUUUGUUUUGAAAUAUUAGCUCAAUCGCAAAAAUCGCCGUUUAAAUAUAAAUAAUAGAACAACAAACUGAUGAUAGAGAAAAAGAUGAAAACCCUAAAAAAAUAAACAUUUUAAUGGUAAGAUGUUGAUUUAUUUUUAAAAUAAUCAUAAUUAUAAUUAUUUGAUGUAAACAUGAAGUGAAAAUGAAGGCGAUAUAAAUACUAGAACAUUUUUUUCUAUUUUUAGUAUUUAUUUAAAUGAAAUUUUAUAAACAAUAAACAAGGAUAAUAAUUAAUAACUAUUAUUAUAACAAUGAAGCUAUUGAAAUCGUUUCUGAGCGCUUUUACUAUUAUGUGUAUAUUAUUUCGCCCCGUACAAAUUAAUUUUAAAUGUAGCGAGAAAUAAGUUGAAGUUAUAUAUUUAAUAUCAACGAAAUGCAAGAAAAAAUAAAUAAUUUAAAGUCGUACAUUUGGUCAAAAAGUGAUGUGAUACGCAUAUGAGUAUGAAUUUUGAUUUUGAAUUUUUAUACAUAAUUUACUGUAUGUUUAGUGAACUUGGAUUAAACUUAGAGAAUUUGUGGACAUAAAAUUGUAACGUUAUUAUUUAUUUCGUACUUUGUAUAAAGGGGUAUUCAGAUGGUAUGAAUCGAA